UUAGUAUUAGUGAUAUUAGCAACACAAAGAAGACACCUCUUCUUCAUAGUCAUAAACUCCAGGCAGAAAAUGCUGGACACGUUCAGCAGGGUAGGCCAUGUCUCUGGGAAGAGAAACAGAGUCAAUAUUUCAGCCCCAGGACUCCUUGUUCUCAGUCUUCUGCUCGUGCUUGUAAAUGCCAAAGUCUAUGAGAGAUGUGAGCUGGCAAGAACCUUAAAGAAGUUUGGUAUGGAUGGAUAUGAAAGAUAUAGCCUGGCUAACUGGGUUUGCAUGGCUUUCUAUGAAAGCCACUACAACACAACAGCAAUUAAUCAUAACAGGUGGCAUGGACAAAUUGUGUCAACAGACUACGGCAUUUUUCAAAUCAACAGCAAAUGGUGGUGUAAUGAUGGUGUAACUAAAGGUGCCAAAAACCUCUGCAACAUUCCAUGUUCUAGACUCUUGAACGACUACCUGGGCGAUGACUGCCAAUGUGCAAAGCGUAUUGUGAAAGACAGCAAAGGAAUGGGAGCCUGGGUUGCCUGGGAUAGAUAUUGCAAGGGAAAAGACGUCAGUCGCUUUGUGCGUGGGUGUCGUCUCUAAGCAAAGAGUGAUUCUGCCUUCAAGCCCCACCAACUCUGUCUAGUCACAGCUCAAAGCUAUGCUACUAGUUCACUUUGCAUUAUUUUGAAUUGGCUUGCUUCCCCAGACGAGACAGACGAGGACGACUUCCCCCAUCCAAGUAACCAGAUGUGAGGGAAGAGCGGGCUUCUUAGCAGAAAGCUUGCUUCUCAGAGGUGACAUUUAUAUCAAUGCUUCGGUCACGGUGAAUAGAGUUACUGCCAUUGUAGAUGUCCAACCAUCCCAAAUCCCUUCAUCACUCAUUACUCCCUCUUAUCCUCCACUGUACACAAACACAGAAAAAAAGUCAGCAGGUCAAGCAGCAUCCAUGGAGCGGAAUAAGCAGUCGAAGGUUUGGACAGAGACUCUUGUUCAGGACACCCAAUUCAAUCUCUCCUCUCUAAUCUCUUUAUAACUCAAGCUCUCAGGUCCCGGUAACCUCCCUGAGGAAUCUUUUCUGCACCCUCUCCAGCAUUCUGACAUUGUUCCUAUAGAUGGGCGAUCAGAACAUGUGCGAAGAGGUUAAGAUGCUGGGGAGUGUUCCCGCAUCCUUCCUGACUAUUUCAGCCACUCGCCGCUCUGUACGCGAAUCUCUUGAGAAGUUUCCCUCUGUUCGGUCCGUAGUGAGAGCAACAGCGAUGGAGGGGGGAGGGACAAUAACUUUUGGAGGUGGGAGAGCUGGCUUUGGUAGAGUGGAGAGGAGGGUCUGCUGCACUGUCUGUCAUGCCCGAGGUACGUACAUCAGUUUGUCUGCGCACAUCUAAAGGCGGGGUGGAGCAAGGCAGUGCGACAGAGGCCAAGGGAGGAGGGGUGCAAGGGGAAGCAACGCACACAAAAUGUUGGAGGAAGUCAGCAAGUCAGGCAGCAUCGAUGGAGGGAAGUAAACAGAAGAUGUUUCGAGCUGGGACCCUUCAUCUGGAAUAGGAAUGAAGUGGGCAGGAGCCAGAGUAAGAAGGUGGGGAGGGGGACACCUUCACUCUGACAUUUGCAAAAGGCAGGAUUUCCUGAUGGCUACCUAUUUCAAUUUGAUUUCUCAUCCUCAUUCUGACAUGGAUGUUCAUGGUCUCCUCUACUCCACAAUGAGGCAAAUCUUCUGAACUUCUUAUUCUGGCUUCUUCCUGCUUCUUUUCCAGUCCCGAUGAAGGGUCUCGGCCCAAAACAUUGACUGUUUAUUCCCCUCCAUAGAUGCUACCUGACCUGCAGCAUUUGGGUAUGUCGCUCAAACUUUUCAGAAUCUGCAGAAUCCCUUGUCUUCAGGAAGUAAAAGUAUUAUUCCUGCAGCAGGGUCUAGACCGAAAAUAUCGACCUUUUCUCUAUUUGACCUGCUGAGUUCCUCCAGAAGUUUGUUUAGUUUUAAUUUAAGUUAAUUUGAUUUAGAGAUCCCUGUGGAUUAGGCCCUUCCAGCGUUUCAAGCCGCAGUGACCCAGCAACCCCCAAGAUCCCCGAUUUAGCCCGAACCUAAUCAUGGGACAAUUUACAAUGACCAGUUAACCUAACCUGAACAUCUUUGGACUGUGGGAGGAAACCAGAGGACCUGGAGAAAGCUCGUGCAUUGCUCGAGGAGGAUGUACACAGAUUCCUUAUGGUGGCUGCCAUGAUUGAACUGUGAACUCCAACCCUGGAGCGGUAAUAUUGAUGCUGGGAGCAAACUUGCCUCUGUCUACGCCUUCAAUCUGCAAGUAUCAUAUCCGAGCCAUUAUACUGCUAUUGCUUGUCAAAAAGAUCUAAAAAAAAUAAAGAAAAU